AUGGCUGGCAAUAACGAUGACAACCGAGCUUUGGAAGAUUAUGCUCAACCGGUUAUACCAAAUUCACCUUCGUGCAUCUUGCUGCCUACUGAAGCUAGAAAUUAUGAACUCAAAUCUUCUCAUUUUCACAUGCUUCCUUCUUUUUAUGGUUUACCUAACGAAGAUCCAUUAUCCCAUAUUAAGGAAUUCUACAAUGUUGUGAGUGGUUUACCCUUUGCAGGGAAUAGAGCAAAGAAUUGGCUAAUGACUUUAGCACCUGGUUCGCUCACCACUUGGGAUGCCGUAGCUAAGAAGUUUCUGGAGAAGUUUUUCUCAACUCAAAAGACAGCUACGUUGAGAGGGCAAAUCUUUAACUUUAAACAAGAUGAUGGAGAACCUUUCAAUGAAUGUUGGGAGCGUUUCAAAGGCCUGUUGCUGCAAUGUCCCAUCAUGGCAGGUGGAGCUUUGAAGAAGAAGAAUGCGCAAGAGUCAUAUAACAUUUAUGAGAUGUUGGGAUCUAAUGCUCAACACAAAGAUACAAGAGGUAAACGAGUGGCUAGUUUGGAAAAGAAGCUCGAUUCUGUGCUCAAUAUGGCGCCUAAGAUAGCUGAGGUGUGUGCCAUUUGCAACAUACCAGGUCAUCCUACUUAUCAAUGCUCAGCUAGUGAGGCUUAUCCCGAAUUCGUUCAAGAGCAAGUGAAUCUCAUGAAUUCUUACAAUCAGAGGCCGAGGAAUGACCCAUUCUCUAAUACAUAUAACCCUGGUUGGAGAGAUCAUCCCAAUCUCUCAUGGAAGAAUAACAAUCAAUUUCAAAAUUUCCAACCAAAGCCUGCCACUACGCUUGAAGAUACUGUCAAAAUGCUAGCUCAGAACACCGUUCAAUUCCAGCAAACUACCAAUAGUACUCUCCAACAACAUUCAGCUGCUCUAACCAAAAUGGAGACACAAUUAGGUCAGAUUGCUGAUGCUUUGAGUCAAAGAGAACCCGGGAAAUUUCCAAGCCAACCGGUGAUACUUCAAAGGAACCAAGAGCAGGCCAAAGCGGUCAUAACACUUAGAAGUGGUAAGGCCCCACUCAAGAAGAGCAUGAGAAACCGAAUGAAGAUCCAAGCAAUGCCACUUCUUCGUAUGAAGCUCCAAAUUUUCACAAGGCUGAAAAACCCUUACACUCCUCCAAUCCCAUUUCCUGGAAGACUUGCCAAAAGCAAGCAGGAGAAGUCAUUUAAAGAAAUUUUUGAUAUUUUAAGUAAAGUGAAUGUUAAUUUACCUUUGCUUGAUGUCAUUAGGAAUAUGCCAGCAUAUGGGAAAUUUUUCAAGGAGCUAAACACUUAUAAGAGGAAGUAUGGACCUAAUGAAAAGGUGAUGGUGUCUGAAAAUGUGAGUGCUGUGCUUCAAAGAAAGCUCCCACCAAAACUCAAGGAUCCGGGCAGUUUUUCUAUCAAUAUCACCAUUGGAGACACGCUAGUUUGA